AUGUUAUUAAUAAGCGUUCUAUUUAUAAUUGUUCAUGCGGGUUAUUUUUUAAACUCUACAGACGCUAAUUUGGCCCGAAAAUGGAAAUUAAAUGAGAGUUUCAUAAAAGAAUGGGAAGUUAACGUUAAAUCAUCUACGGAAAAUGCAUCAUAUUACACUCAUGGUCUGUUCCUUGGACCAAAAGAAUUUUUGACUUUUGCUCACUGUGUUAAAAAAAUUGGAGCUCACCAAUUUGUUUUCGUCACUAAUGAGCACAAUGUUGAUGUGCCACGUAUAAGAAACAUCUCUGUUGAUCAAAAGAAUAUCUACUUUGGCAUGGAAUUGAGCAAAGAAUUUGAAGAAAGUCAACGAGAAUUCGCAGUCUUCAAAACUAAAGACAAAGUUAUUGCGGAAUCUGACGUCACUGUUCAUACUUUCAUCAAAAUAGCUAAAGAUAUCAAUCAAGUUGACGCUAAAUCUUGUUUCAUAUUUGGGUCAGAGAUUCCCAGAGCUUCGCACGUCAAUUGCGAAGUUUUGAAUCCGGAUAUUGUUGGCAAUGCUAAGAGGUUUGACUGUGCUGUUGCUAGCCGUGAUAAUGUUUGGCGACAAAGCGGGCUCUUCUGUAACCUGAAAAAGGAUUCCAGAACCAUAGUCUUGCUUGGUUUGGCGUCAAACGGUUUUUACAAGUCAAAUGAUUCUAAUAAUACUCUCAAGUCAGUUAUUAAUUUAACUGGACUCAAUAUUAAAACAAUUAAUCAAGUAACUGGGAUAAGAAACUCUUAUCGUUACGAUUAUGAAACUGAAAGCAUUGCUAUGCUGGAGGAAUAUUAA